AUGUCCAAAUCCUGGAAGUCGACUCUGAGGCUGCCUCGGUCGAGCUUUCCUGCUCGUCCGAACCCCAAGCUCCAGCCACAAUGGCUUCGCCAAGUUACCGAUGAUCUCUACGACUGGCAGGCGAAGAAUCGACGGGAGGACACUAAAUUCACCCUUCACGAUGGCCCCCCGUACGCCAAUGGCAAUCUUCACGUCGGACAUGCCAUGAAUAAGAUCCUUAAGGACAUGAUCGUUCGAGUCAAGGUGCAGCAAGGACGGAGGGUUACAUAUAGACCAGGUUGGGAUUGCCAUGGUCUUCCAAUCGAAAUGAAAGCUCUCGGGUCGAGCAACACCAAAGGCUUGACCCCGGUUCAGAUCCGAGAUACGGCGCGGCGGCUGGCUUCGAAGACGGUCAAGGACCAGAUGAAGGGUUUCCAGUCGAUUUCGGUCAUGGCGGAUUGGGAAAAGAGGUGGACUACAAUGGACCGUGAGUUUGAGAUUCGCCAACUUCGCGUCUUCCAGAAACUGGUCCGCCGGGGUCUCGUGUACCGCAAGCAUAAGCCCGUCUACUGGUCAGCAUCAUCGCGAACCGCCCUUGCCGAAGCUGAGUUGGAGUAUCGGGACGACCACGUCUCAACCGCCGCCUAUAUCAAGUUCCCUAUCGUUUCCGACUGGUCCUCGAUCCCAGAGCUUUCCAAUUUUCAGGGAAAGCUCUAUGCCGCUGUAUGGACAACCACCCCUUGGACUCUCCCUGCGAACAAAGCGAUUGCUGUGCACAACGACCUCACCUACUCUGUCAUCCGCGUCGGUUCCGAGGGUCUCCUGGUAGCGACAGAGCGUGUCGAAGCCAUGAAGCAAAUAAUUCCUUCGUUCGAAGUAGUGGUGGACUCGAUCCGUGGCUCUGAUUUGAAGGGACUCCAGUAUCGCAACAAGUUACAAGGUCAAUCUGCACCACCGCAACCCAUUAUCGAUGCAGACUAUGUCACUUCUGAUUCUGGUACGGGUCUUGUUCAUACCGCUCCUGGACAUGGUCAGGAGGAUUAUGAAGCUUGCGCUAAGCUUGGCAUUGAUGCCUUUGCGCCAAUCGACGAUGGCGGCUUCUUUACUAAGGAGGCAUACCCUGAUGAUCCUGAGAAGCUGAUGUCUGCCCCAUCCAUCCUGGACGGCGGAAGCCAAUCUGUACUGGACCUGAUGGCAGAUGAUGUUCUGGGAACGCACAAACUGCGUCACAAAUACCCCUAUGACUGGCGAACGAAACGACCUGUCGUGAUCCGUGCCACAGCCCAAUGGUUUGCCGACGUGGGAAGUAUCAAGGAAGAUGCUCUUGCGGCGCUCCGUGAUGUUCGGUUUGUUCCUGAGGGUGGCCGAGUUCGCCUCGAGAGCUUCAUCAAGGGCCGCAGCGAAUGGUGUAUCUCCCGCCAACGGUCUUGGGGAGUCCCUAUCCCUGCGCUCUAUGAUGAAAGCGGAAAUUCCGUUAUGACGGCAGAAACAAUCGAACACAUCAUCUCUGUUAUGCAGGAACGUACCUCGUCUGCCUGGUUUUCUGAUAGCCCCGAUGAUCCCGCGUGGAUUGCGCCCUCGUUGACUGGUAAAUAUCGUCGAGGCACUGACACCAUGGACGUCUGGUUCGAUAGCGGCAGUAGUUGGACUGAAACCGAAGGUCCCGCCAAUGUGUAUCUCGAGGGAUCUGACCAGCACCGUGGUUGGUUCCAAUCUAGCCUGUUGACAUAUGUCGCGGCCCAGAAGGUGGAUGAGAACCAUUCCGGCAAGAUUGUCGCACCGUUUAAGACGCUGAUUACCCAUGGUUUCACGCUUGAUGGACAGGGCAAGAAGAUGUCAAAAUCUCUUGGAAACAUAAUCGAGCCUGGUCAGGUCAUGGACGGAAGUCUUCUCGGCCCUGCUAAGGUGAAGGGCAAGGGGAAGGGACAAGGUCAAAAGUUUGAUGGCCUUGGCCCCGAUGCGGUCCGUUUGUGGGCAGCGAGUGCCGAUUUUACGAGUGAUGUGCUCAUCGGGCAGACGAUUCUACAGCCUGUUCACACUGCCUUGAUCAAGUAUCGGACUAUCAUCAAGAUGCUUCUGGGGUCGCUCAACCAGGAGGCUCGACAAGCUCCGCUGACGAAGCUUGACCAGAUUGCGCUGGUUCAACUCUCGGAUACCAUGUCCCAGGUCAUGGAGUCCUAUGACAACUACGAGUUUCACAGAGGAAUUGGUAUGAUCAACCGCUGGGUCGCAACCGACCUGUCGGCGUUCUAUCUGGAGGCGCUCAAAGAUCGCCUUUACUGCGGUGACGGUGGUGGCAUUUUGGAGCCCAUCUUCAUUGGAUUCUUGCGGAUGCUUUCGCCGGUGACACCUCUUCUGGUGGAGGAGGCUUGGUCACAUCGGCCAGCGUGGAUGGCUGAUGACACAUCUUUGGAGAACCCAGCUAGACAACUGUACGGCUCGGCCCUGGUUGACCCCGCGCGGUUGACGCUUUCUCAGGAUGCGCUACGGGAAGACGCGGCUGUGAUCUCAGGAGUGCACAAUGCGGUCAAGGCGGCCCUGGAGCAGGCGCGAGGAGACAAGAUGCUGGGAAGCAGCCUACAGUGUUCCGUGAACAUUGCCGUUGAGAACAGCGAGGUGGCCAGCGUUCUAGAGCGAUAUCUGGAAGAGCUGGAGGCCAUUUUUGUGGUUUCGUCGGUAGGGUUGAACAAACCUGUGCCCCAAAGCCCAGCAUGGGCUUAUGAACAGGAGGUUGAGGUCCGGGAUACCGAGGUGAAGGUUCACGUGCUUCCCCCGAAGGAGGACAAGUGUUCACGGUGCUGGCGAUACGUGGCGCCUUCAGAAGACGCGCUUUGCAACCGAUGCGAGGAAGUUAUUGGUGCGUCGCCUGCAGCUUGA